UUAGCCAGCAUCAGCACCGUUAUCCAGUGCAGUUAAAACUCCCUGGCAUAUCUGUUACUUCCUGAUUAACGGUUAUCUGUGCGAGCGCCUCUCUUAUCAACUGAUUCUGUUCUCCCCUGCUACAAAACAGGUUAGCGUAUGAGGAGCGACAGAAAAUGAAAAUGGCGUUUGGGUUUCUGCUGGCGUCAGUCUUGGCGUCUAUAGCGGUCGCUUAUAUUGUGAUGAAGUUCCUCCGGGAGCCCGAGAUGCCGUCUCUCCCCCAGAAUCCCUGGUGGGGAGAGGGGAAGCCACAGGUGGAAGACACUUCCAUACGCCCCUUCACCAUCAACAUUCCUGACGAGGACAUAGAAGACCUACGCCUACGCCUGGCCCUGCCCCUGCGACUCACGCCACCGCUGGAGGGCGCCAACUUCACUUACGGAACCAACAGUGACACGUUAAAACGCAUCGUGGAAUACUGGAGAAAGGAAUACCGCUGGAAGGAGAGGGAAGCCAAGCUGAACGAACUUCAACAUUUCAAGACACAGAUCGAGGGGCUGGACAUCCACUUCGUACACGCGAGACCGCAACAGACUCCUAGUACUAACCGCAAGCCGAUCCCUCUCCUGAUGAUUCACGGCUGGCCAGGUUCCUUCGUGGAGUUCCUUGGUAUCCUUCCCCUCCUGACCUCGUCUGAAGAGGGAAGCGGCCGCGCCUUCGAGGUCAUCUGUCCUUCCCUGCCUGGCUAUGGCUUUUCUCAGGCGGCCACAAAACCUGGUCUAGGCCUGCAGGAAACAGCCCAGAUCUUCUUGAAGUUGAUGAAGAGACUGGGACACAACCGCUUCUACGUUCAAGGAGGUGACUGGGGAGCUGGGGUUGCAACGCAGAUGGCAACACUCUACCCGCAACACCUCCGGGGCGUUCACCUGAACAUGUUCCGGCCGCAGACCACGAUGGGCAAGGUCAAGCAAGUCCUGGGAGCCUUUCUCCCCUCCGGCACCCUGAUGGCCAGGGAGGAGGAGGGCAUCCUGUACCCGCUCCUCGAGAAAGCCACGUGGCUGCUCAGGGAGUCGGGCUACUUCCACAUCCAGGCCACAAAGCCGGAUACCCUUGGCGCGGCCCUGGCCCAGAGCCCCGUGGGACUGGCCAGUUACCUGCUGGAGAAGUUCAGCACCUGGACCGACGGGGCUAACGAGGCCAAGCCCGACGGGGGUCUCCUGGAGGGCUUUCCCAUCGCCCUGGACGCUCUUCUCGAUGACAUCUGCAUCUACUGGUUUACGAACACCAUAACCAGCAGCAUGAGGUACUACGCAGAGAACGCCAGCAAGGAACGAGCAGCCAUCGACACCUCCAACAUCCCGAGCAAGGUGCCCGCCGGUCUGGCCGCCUUCCCUCAGGAGGUCCUUUCGUCGCCGCGCAGUCUCAUGGCGCACAAGUUCCACGACAUCGUCACUUACACCCGCCCAUCAGCAGGAGGUCACUUCGCCGCCAUGGAACAACCGGCCAUCCUUGCUAGGGACUUCAGAGCGUUCGUGGCCGCUGUGGAAGCCAGGAAGGGGCUCUGAGGGGGAG